GGCUGUGUGUGUGGGGCUGGGCGUAGGCUGUGCUACACACACACACACACACACACUACAGCGGAGCACAUUGUUCACACUGGACUGUCUGCUACAUCUAAUGCAAUCCAGGAAAAGCUGAAGUAAAAGACAUCUCCUGGAGAGUGACUGUAUCCGGAGAAUCAGAGGUGUGGCGAGAGGUUGAAGAGGAGUGAAGGAAUGACUGAAUAUAAGCUGGUGGUGGUGGGCGCUGGAGGCGUGGGCAAGAGCGCUCUCACCAUCCAACUCAUCCAGAACCACUUUGUGGAUGAAUACGACCCCACUAUAGAGGACUCCUACAGGAAGCAGGUGGUGAUUGACGGGGAGACGUGUCUCCUGGACAUCUUGGACACUGCAGGUCAGGAGGAGUACAGCGCCAUGAGGGACCAGUACAUGAGGACAGGAGAGGGCUUCCUCUGUGUGUUUGCCAUCAAUAACACCAAGUCCUUUGAGGACAUUCAUCAGUACAGGGAACAGAUCAAACGGGUGAAGGACUCGGAUGAUGUGCCCAUGGUGCUGGUGGGUAACAAAUGUGACCUCCCGGCCCGGACGGUGGACACGCGACAAGCUCAGGAGCUCGCGCGCAGCUACGGGAUCCCCUUCAUCGAGACCUCGGCCAAAACACGACAAGGUGUGGAGGAUGCGUUUUACACGCUGGUGCGAGAGAUCCGUCAGCACAAGAUGAGGAAGCUGAACCCGCCGGACGAGAGCGGACAGGACUGCAUGAGCUGCCGCUGUGUCGUGUCGUGAUCCAGCUGACGGUGCUUGUCGGGAGAAGUGCGGCAGACUGGACCAGAGAGGGAAGACCUAGCGUCUCAUCUGAAAGCCACUUGUAACGAAAAGCGAGCGAGGCCUCCUGCGUAACAAACAUUUUCCACAGGAAGCGGUCUCGCGUUGACCCCCGGGUGACCUCUCUGGAUGUCCACGUCUGCCUGAUAAACUCCACUAAUGACUUACUCCUUUCUCGUCUUUAUUUGUAACCCCAGUCUGCUAACGCUGGGCGCCUCUGUGGAUUUCUGCUAAAUUAUUGUUCUUGAAGUCUCAACACUGGUCUGAAACGGACUCGGCACGUCACACACAAACCUUCCUCAGCUCCGAUGGAAAAGACUGGACACUAGUGACCUCAUCCCACGACCCUCGUCCCGCCGCAGCCGCACCUCAUGGAGAGCAUCUAUAUAUGUACAUGUCUGUCGAAAAGAGCGGUAACUGUGUAGAAAUAAUCAGGAGGAGUGUUGUUUGUUUAACGUGCAGGUUGAUUUAACAUAGCGUUUGUGAGUAGGGCUUUGUGGAGAUCAAACGGGAGCAUUAGUUCUGUGUGCUGGUAAAUGUGUAUGUUACGAACGAACGUUACCUUUAGAAAAUUAAACCGGCUGACUGAAUUUUCCAAAAUAAAAACGGUUGAGUUGUUUGAAGAAGCU